AUGAGUCGAGAAAUAGUCAUCAGAAGCAGACACCCUCGCCAGGAUGCCCUGAAGUUUGUGACCGAAUAUGGCAAACAUACUCUCAAAGUGGAACAAUUCAUCCCGGCCGCCAGACCAAGUGGUCUCGACUCGCACAGCUCCCAUCCGACGCGCCGUAUCAUGCCCGGGGGACGAACGGCUCACGAGCCUGCCAUUAAGAGCGUCUCGGGCUACGUUAUCGAGACGGGAAAGUCGUUUACCAUCUGCGACGAUUACGACUUUGCCAACCCCUCUAGUAGCGGAUUGGGAUUCCAUGUGAAUGCACAGCUGGGCAGGGAGACGAGGGCCUAUACCUCGGGUCGCAACAGCUCCGAGGAGUAUUACGACCGGGCUAAGAUGACGGACGAGUGGUUUAUUUCGAUGGGGAGCAGGAUGCUGCCAGGUGGUAUACGCAGGGUCAUUUAUGCUGAAUCGUUUGGACGAAGAAUCUACAUUUAUGUAUAUGCCCCACAUGUGCAUGUUCUCUCUCCAUGA